AUGGUACGUGCUUCAAACAGAGAGGCCUCAGAUAAGCAGGCCAAUGGAAAUAGGGUACAUGACCAGACACAGAAGACAGCUGAAGAACCGUCCGUCAACGUCUACAAAGAUCUCAAAGAUGCUGCAGCUUAUCUUAUUUUCAAUCCUGAAGCCAACCACAUAGUCAUGCCUCUGCUGCUCGUCUUGGAGGCGGUUGCAUUAAAGUUUAUCUUGACUAACGUACAGUACACUGAGAUUGAUUAUGAAGCGUACAUGGAGCAAAUUUGGACUAUCAAAGAUGGCGAAACAAACUAUAAACUCAUCGAAGGUGGCACUGGGCCUCUUGUUUAUCCGGCGGGCCACGUUUGGAUUUACCAAGUCAUGGAAAGAAUAACCUCUGGGUUGGACGAUUUGAGGGCUGGGCAAGUCACUUUCAGCAUCUUGUACAUCGUCACGUUGAUGCUUCAAAUGGUGUGCUACGUUCUAUUGCAAUUGCCACCUUGGUGCGUUGCCCUAGCAUCCUUGUCGAAGCGUUUGCACUCGAUCUACGUUUUAAGAUUAUUCAACGAUUGUUUCACUACCUUCUUCAUGGUUCUUACAAUUUUAAGUCUGCUCAUUUCGGCUCGUCUGCAGCGCAAGAUUUUUUGCCUGGUCGCCAGUGUGACCUACGGUGUAGCAGUGAGCAUCAAGAUGAAUGCCCUGUUGUUUUUCCCCGGAAUUUUUUUGUCCAUUUUUCAACUCACUGAGGGACGCCUAGCCUUCACACUGGGCUGUCUAGUCAUUUCGAGUUCAUGGCAAUUCUACGUGGCUCGUCCGUUUGUGGUUGAUUAUGCACAUGAGUAUUGGUCCACCGCAUUCGAUUUUGGACGUCAGUUUAUGCACAAAUGGAGCGUGAACUGGCAAUUUGUUGACGAGGAUGUCUUCAAUGAUCUCUGGUUUCACCGCACGCUGCUGAUCAGUCAUCUGGCCAUCUUGACUCUUUUUGUCGUUACCAAAUUUUGUUCAGGAAUUUCUGAAAUACGAACUUCGCUGAAAGCUUUAAGGCAUCCAUUCACACCUGUUUUGCGGUCAUUCUCUACUACCAAGCCAUUAGACGUUGGAUACGUAUGUUUAGUGACCAAUUUCGCAGGUGUGCUUUUUGCCAGGUCCCUUCACUACCAGUUUUUGUCGUGGUAUCACUGGACUUUACCGAUCCUAUUACACUGGUCCCGUCUACCGAUGGGUAUUGCGCUGGUAUGGUAUCUAGUGCACGAAUGGUGCUGGAAUAGCUACCCACCGAACUCUAGUGCCAGUUUGACGUUGUUCACUCUGAACAGCAUUCUCCUUAUUGCCGUGUAUGUGAGGACAGGAAAAGUAAGAUCCAGCUCAAAGAGCGCCGCUGAUAAUCUUCCCGCAUCGAAAGAAGAUUGA